UACGUACGGGUCCUUGGGACUUCCGGGUGUGCGUACACAGACUGUAAACGGAGUUGCCUCGCUCUAAAGAUGUCUAAAGUAACGUUUAAAAUCACCCUGACGUCGGAUCCCCGGCUGCCAUAUAAAGUACUAAGUGUCCCAGAGAGCACACCAUUCACAGCAGUUUUGAAGUUUGCAGCUGAGGAGUUUAAAGUGCCAUCAGCAACCAGUGCAAUAAUAACAAAUGACGGAAUAGGAAUCAACCCUGCCCAGACAGCAGGGAAUGUGUUUUUAAAACACGGCUCAGAGCUUCGCAUCAUUCCCAGAGACAGAGUGGGAGGACAGGGAGACUGAUGCUGCUUUUCCUCGUUGACGGCAUAAUGACUCACCCAGCAGAAGCAUAUAACACUUGAGACCCAGGAAACACCUCGGCGUGUGUCAUAUUUAUUUUCUGGCCCACAACUGACAAGUGACUCACAUGAGAAUAUAUAUAUUUAAACUUGAUGAUGACAUGCACACACACUUGCAUGCUCCCUGCUUCUUCAUUCUCAGUCAAGUUUUUUUCUGUAAGUGUAGUUGCAUCAAAAGAUUGGAGUGACAUCGAGAGUACCCAGAGGUACUGAGUAAUUAAUAUACACAUACACAGCAGCUGCAUCAUGGGAAACAUUUCAGCUAAGUAACAAACAACUGAGUCAACAGUUAUAGCUUUUGUAUCUUUGUAAAUGACAAUAAACUAUCAAUAUGACUAACAAGAACACAUGCCUAUUUUGCAAUGUUUACUUUUGUCUUUAUUCGCAUAUGGUCAUGUAAGAGGUGAUUUUGAAAUAGAUAUUCAACCGGCUUCUAAGGACCAUUGUUAUAUUAAGUGACUUGAUAUGCAGGUGAAUUGUCUGUCUACAUUAGGUCCUCGAUUUUUUUUUAUGUCAGGCUGUUGUCAGGAAAAUGUUCCUUGAAUGCAAGACAAAUAAACUUUCAUCAUGGAUAUGUACUGAA